CGUCAGCCCUGACGACGUCCGUCCGCCGGCGUGUAAUGUAAUAAUCGGGCGUGUGAGACUCGCGACGAUAUGAUCCUUGUGUGGCGGACGAGGAUCCGCGUUAGCAUGAGUAUCGCAAGUAUUUGAGAUCGCAGAGAUCCACCCGCUGUCUUCCCUCUUUCUCUCCUUUCCCACUCGGAAGAUCGUCGCUCGCGCGGUUGCGAAGGGACGCGAGGAUGAGCCUCAGUCUGACAAAGUUGUUCUCGAAGAAACGGAGCGGUCCCGCCGUCGACACCGUGGCCGCGGAGAUCGGCCUGCCGACCAACGUCUCGCACAAGUUCCACGUAAGCAAGAAUGCGGAGACCGGGCAGCUUGAGGGCCUGCCGGACCCGUGGAUACGCCUGCUCAACACGCAGAUCUCCAAGUCGGAGCAGGACGAGCACCCGGACGCGGCGUUGCACGCCAUCAAGUUCUACAACUACUCGAUCAAGCGUCGGCCGCAGGAUCAGGAGGUCUUCAAGCCGUUCGUCACGCAAGACCUGAUCGAGGAGGAGUCGCAGGCGAUCGACAACAUCCUGACAAGCAAAUACCGGUCGGGCGCGUCCGAUGACGAUCGCCUGGCCUGCGACAGGGGCUCGACGGACGAGCGGACGUUGCCGGAGCUGCCGCCGAAAGUGAACAGGCCACCGAGGCCGCCGAAACCGCCGAAGCCGCCGAAACCGGCGCCGCGCAGAUGCAACGACCGGGCGGAGAAGAGCCUCACCGAGAUACUGGAGGAUCUGAACACGUUUCGGAUCAGCGACUGCGAGGAGGACCCGCCACGGGGCGAGGAAGAGGAGGAAGAGGAGGAGGAGGACGUUGCGCCGAGCAGAAUAGAAGAGAGUCCCAUCCUGCGGAGGAAGACGGAGUCAGCUGUGAGGCUCAGUGACGAACAGGUGUACGAGGAGCUCAGGACCAUCUGCCAGCCCGGCGACCCCAACUUGCGCUUCGAGAGAACGAGAGAGGUGGGCGCCGGCGCCUCCGGGACUGUGUUCAUAGCCACCGACCUGGAGCACGGUCGGAAGGUGGCCAUAAAGGACAUAGACCUGUCGAAGCAACCAAAGAAAGAGCUGAUAUUGACCGAGAUCAAGAUUCUCAAGGAGUUUCAGCACCCGAAUCUGGUCAACUUCCUCGACGCCUACCUCGUGGACGAGCACCUCUGGGUGGUGAUGGAGCUGCUGGAGGGCGGCCCGCUCACCGACGUGGUCACCGAGACCGUGAUGAAGGAGGUGCAGAUCGCGGCCGUCUGCCGGGAGGUCCUCAAGGCGAUAAGCUUCCUGCACACCCGGGGCAUCAUUCACAGGGACAUCAAGUCGGACAACGUGCUGCUGGGGAUGAACGGCGCGGUCAAAGUCACGGACUUUGGCUUCUGCGCGAACAUCGACGGCGACGAGAAGCGGCAGACCAUGGUCGGCACGCCGUACUGGAUGGCGCCGGAGGUGGUGACGAGGAAGCAGUACGGCAAGAAGGUGGACAUCUGGUCGCUGGGUAUAAUGGCGAUCGAGAUGAUCGAGGGCGAGCCGCCCUACAUGAAGGAGACGCCACUGAGGGCGUUAUACCUGAUCGCCGCCAUCGGCAAGCCCUCCGUCCCGAGGUGGGACACCCUCAGCCCGACCUUUCAGAACUUCUUGGAGAGAUGCCUCGCCGUCGAGGUCGACGAGCGAGCGACCGCCGAAGAGCUGCUCUCGCAUCCAUUCCUAGAGAACUGUGCGGAAUUGUCCACACUGACCCCGCUGAUCCGCGCGGCGCAGAGAAUUCUGCAAAAGGCAUUUCGCUAAAUAUUCCUGAAAAACACUUUCAUACCGAUACACUCGCGAUACGCCGGUCUCACGAUACUUCAUCGCCGUCACGUUGCGCCGGAGGGGAAAAUACGCUAACUGAAAGCUCCGGAGAAAUUUUUCUGUUCUUACUGCACGUGCAAUUUUUAUGUCUUCAAUUUAUUCGACUGCCCUUCGUUUUUAUUUCGCUGUGCUGGUUUACACGUGUACAAAACCAAAGCACGGUAACAACGCUUGAUAGUCAUUUUAAGUUAUUGUAAUCAAAUGAGAUCGUUGUUAAAAAAUGAACCUAAGUAGUUACCUUCGACUUGUGCUACUUAAGUACGUCACGUUUAUUAUUAUUGCAAGUUGGUAUCGUGGAAAUCAUUGGUGGAAAUAUUCAGAUCGGUUUAUCGACUUCCAAAAGAAGCCACUCACCUCGUUACGUGCAAUACGAUUCAUGAUGAAUUAGAAUUUAACUCGGGUACAUUUCCGCUCAAUGACUAGGUGGAUGGGCAUUUUGCCGCUCAGGUUAAGUAUUUGCCGGAACAACGGACGUUUUAGCUGUAAAUAAUUGUGGACGGAAUGCACUUUUGUAUGCUUUUUUGAAGGAUGAGUGGAAUACAUACAAUGUUCGGAGAUACUUUUAAUAGCAGUUACAAAAAGGGUCAUAGAGAACACUCGGUAAUUACUCCUUUUACAAAACUGUACUUAGAUCAUUGUACAGAAACAUUAAGGGGCAAGAAAGACAAUAAUCGAGUCAAUUAUAUUAUCUCUGAUAACAAUGAGAGCCCGCUAAAUCAGAUGCUCUUUCCCAGAACAAUAAAUUGGAUAAGGCCCACGAUAACAUGAAUUAUAAGAUAAGUUAUUUGACUAUCUAAGCUGUUUUACGCAAGAAAUUGAGUGACAUUGAUUGCCAUUGUAAGGCAAUCUGUUGAAUAGUAAAACCAUUACGAAUUAUAUAACGACAACCACCGUACAAUGCAUUUUUAUAAAAUCACCGAGACGCACACGCGCGUGCACACGUACACACGGUUUUAUAAGAUUUUUAUCCCUACUUUUAUAAAACGUACACCUUUUUGAAAACUUUUUGUAUCUUCUAAGAGCGCGGUAUUGCUCAAACAUAAUAAUCACAUAUAGCUAUAUAUUUUUUAAAUAACCCAUAUGUAUAUAACUGAAAUGUUCAUAGCAUAAUUUAAAAUGCAAAUUGACUAAACGUGUAAUACGAUUGGAUUACUGUAAAGAAAGGAUAUCUAGAUAUUUAAGAUGAUUCGAGCAAGUAAUAUCAAGUAUAUAUAAAAUCACGACUGUGAUAAACGAAAGUUAAGUUGUAUUAAUAUUUCUAUAGAGUAUAAUUUUUGUGUUUUACCAUAUACAUUAUGUUAAAUUAUACUGGAAAUAUUAAGUCGCGGCAAUAGUUCAAAGUAUAGUUAUUGUACAUUCUAAGCAGGACCAAGUGUUAUCUUUCGAUCAUAUAACACAUUAACGCAUGUGCCGAUAAGCUAAUGUAUUAAAACAGUAUUGUAAUCGUUUGCACGACUUCGAAAUAAAAAAUGCAUUGUUAUUUGUAGGUUCUAUUAAUUGAUAAGAUAUAUUCAAAGAGUUUUCGAAAAGACCAUUCAAAUUUUUAAUGCGAGAAAUGCGCAUAACGUACGAUAUUCUAAUAUUUGUGCCUUACUAGGUAAAUAUACGUUUCUAAUUAAUAAUAGGCACAAAAAUAUUAUCAGACGAUAGUAACGUGCGAAGUUGUGAUUAUAGUAAAAAAAAAAUCAAAUAAGAUGCUGUAACGGCUUCGAGAAUCGUAUAUAAUGUAAUAUAUUAUUUUCUGUACGUUGGAUAGAGGAGAAAAAUGGACACCAAGACGAUACAUCCGUAAAACAUUACGUAUAUUUAGACAAUAAAUAUUUUAUUGA